GUAACUUGGUUUUACGACUAGCAGAGAUCAAAAGUUCAAGACUGCAGACGUUUCCACGGCUUCCACUUUCAGUGGAAAGUAAAAUGGAGGGCUCUGCUGAGAUAGGAGACGUUGUUCGUUAUGGGCAGUUUGGGGACUUAAUUGAAUUCUCUUACCCUAUUGGCUUCUCACACUGGGGUGUGUAUGAAGGAGAUGGGCACAUAGUGCAUUUUGCAGUAGGAGAUGAGAAUGAACUGCAGAGACGGUUCCGGGUGCAUGUGCUACAGAGAGUGUUCCCCUCAUCUGGUAACAUUCUUCUCGGACACACUAAGGUCCGGCGGGAGCACAUCACCCGGGUGCCGGUACCUAAAGGAGCUCAUAUCAAAAUCAGCAAUGACUGCCAUCACAGUCCAGCAUCUACAGCCACAGACAUGAGGAGGCGAAUGUAUGGCCUGCUGGACGAAGUUCUUGAGUACAACUUGUUAACGCACAACUGUGAACAUUUCGCCACGUUUGUGCGGUACGGAGUGGCCGUGUGUAAUCAGGUGAGUCCAGAUUCCACUACACAAAGACAAGGAGCAGAGGACGGCGACAACACUGUUCCAGGACAUUAUAUCUAAGAAGAGCAUGAGCACAAAGUUUUGAAAAUACUGGACCUUAAUGUGAGUGAAAUAAGUGGCUCAUAGUUCCAUGCCGGCUGACGUCAUUAUGAUUAGAGCUGGGCAACAUGAUGAUAUGCUAUUGUUAUCAUGAUAUAUUAUGUUAUGACACUCUUUUGCGAGUAUGUGCUCGGUGUGAGCAGCCCAAUAUGACAUCAUCUUAUUUUAAUAAUUUAUUGAUUUUUUCUCCUGGUCCUUCUUAGUUCAAUUCUGCAAACAUUUAACACUCAGAGUUUUUCGGCCUUUUUUAAAAUGUGGCUAAUUAAAGAUAUUACUGUUUUGUCUCUUUACACAUACAAUGUCAGCAGAGCACACCAGGCCUGCUCCGAUGUGGCUGUCCAGAUACAAUUUCAAUAAAGUGGCCACUUUAUCAGAAACCCUCCCAUCUUCCCCACCUGUUAUCCAUCCUCUAGUCCUUGUUGAACCUGUCCUAACGAGCCAGGCCCUGCAAGUUGAUCAAGUUCUGAGACUGGAAGGGCAUUCAAACUUUCACACACGCCCCACAAUACCUCUAUUAUUCUUUUUUAAUAGUCUGCUGUAGAGAUUGUUUACUCCUUUUCACUUCAACAAUCAACAAAAUAUGGGAUUUGGCCAGAGGUGCUAAAACAACUGGUAGGUGGAGCUCAUAAAGUGGACAGAGAGUGGAAGUACAGGGUACAUUUUUCCUAGAAAUAUGUUAAUUUAAUCUCUUAAUAAAUACAGUCAUAUAUCACUGGAUGACUAUAGUGGCCUCACGCAUUUAAGGUUGUUGCUGGAGUGAUGGAGCUCCAUCCAAUACCUUUGGUAUGAGUUAGACCUUACCUGACCCCACUAAUGGUCAGUCAAAUCCUCACUGCAGCGUUCGAACAUCUAGUGUGAAGCCUUCCCAGAAGAGUAGAGGCUGUUACUGCAGAAAAAGAGGUCAAACUCACUAUUUAUACCCUGUCUGUCGAAGGUCCACACACUGCUGUAUGCAAAAAUAAAGCAAGAAAAACUUGUGAAGUCGACAAGUUUUGGUUUGUAUUCAGUGCAUGUUGAAUAGUGCUUUGUAUAUCAAACACAAAAAU